CACCAUUGAACUCUAAUGCGCCUACAACUCAAUUACAAUUCCAUAUAACAAACGACAAUACCAACAGCUCGCGACUAUAAUUAUGACAAAAGAAGCAAUUCUGGACGAAUCCAAGAUAAUAGUUUCUUUAGUUUCAGUGCGACGAUAAUCACAUGCGCAAUGGCGAGUGUUCCAACCGCGAGAAAAUCUAAUGGAGUUUUGCCAGUCUCUUCCACUCCCAUGGCAAAUGAGACUCCAAAAGCCACCAAGGCUAAGGACUCUCCCCGGGGCAAGAAAGUCCUAGUUCGCCGACUCCCGCCAGGCAUAACAGAGGUGGAAUUCUGGACUAUCUUGGGAGAGGAAUGGAAGAGUGGAAACGGGAAAGUAGAGUGGACUAGAUUUCAAGAGGGCCAAAUAUCUCAGGAUCCAUCGAAUCCAUCAAUGCCAACACGAUGCUAUUUGCAGGUGCGAUCCGAAGACAUACCUGCAUUAGCUGAGGCCGUUCAAAAGCCAACUUGGGAAGACGAGAAACGAACUUUCAACGAUUCAGCCCUCGUAGGGCCCCCAUAUCUAGAGUUUUCUAUCUACCAGAAGGUGCCCACCACGAAGAGGCGUACGGAUUCUAAGCAAGGUACAAUCGACCAAGAUCCCGAUUUUAUGGCUUUCCUCGACAGCCUCACUCAGGAGUCUACCGUGAGGGAAGCUGAUACCGAACAAGCCGAUGAUCUAAGCAAGGCAGACACGAAGGUAACUACCACGCCUCUGGUUGAAUAUUUGAAAGAAAAGAAAGCCAACAAGGGAAAAGAGACGAGUAAUGCUAAGAGCGGUAAACACGCUCGGCAUGAGUCUCAGGGUGGAAAAGCAAAAGGGGGCCAGGAAGAAUCUAAGAAAAAGGGAAAGGACUCCAAGGCCGAGAGAGCUGAAAAGGCUGCUGAUAAGGAAGAGAAGAAAGCUAAGGAGCCCAUAAAACUCCUCACUAAGAAGUCAUCCACCCUAGACGCAGCUGAGGCAACUAAAUCGACCUCCACUCAGGCUAGUACGAGCAAGACAGCUGAAGAGGUAGCACCUAAGAGUCGGCGGGCUAAUAUUGCCGCUGCUGCCAAAAUUCUACAGCGCGAUCUUGGUCUUAGCCCAGGAAGUGCCCACAGAAGAGCUCGUCAGGAUGCUGCCAAGGCGGAAGCAGCCGCCAAGGUAGAUGCAAAUAAGGAGAAGGACACUAAGGAUUCUGUAUCUGCCGCUCCAGCUGCGCCAAGUCAGCCCUCCUCAUCGGCACCCCCAUCCGCCCCGACAGCCCCAAAAGCUCAAACAGCUGAAAGUUCACGACGGUCUCGAGGUUCAAAGUCUACUAAGCAAAACGCGCCUAGUGACACGCCUAAGGGGAAGGGGGCCGAUAAUGCAAGCAGCGCAGUAAAAUCCACCCCUAUCACCACGCCAGUCAUCCUUAAGAGGAAAGACGAUGCCCCUUCAAGUGGCCUACCUCCAAUAGCGCCCGCGAUCCAAACCUCCUCAACUUCAACCCCCCCAACCGGCCCUAAGGCUGCUGGUAAGGCCGCAUCGUCUAAUAAAUCGGGUCCCUCGCAGAAGAAAGCCUCUGGCCAGCCAUUAGUGACCGCUGGAGCAACGCGUGCCUUUGUAAAACACGCAAACCCUUCGCAAGGUGUUACUGAGCCGUUGCUUAAACAGGCCAUGGAAACAUUUGGGCCAGUUACAUUUGUCGAAAUUGACAAGCGGAAAGGCUUUGCAUAUGUUGACUUUGGGGAUCAUGAUGGAUUGGUCAAGGCUAUUUCUGCAAGCCCUAUUCCUGUUGCACAAGGCACUGUGCAAGUGCUGGAAAGAAAGGAGAUUAAGAAGUCGACUCAACCGCCAACGCAACCAGCGAGCGACAAGACGAGUGUUGAAACUCCCCCAGAUCGCCCUAAGCGAGGUGGUCGCGGAAGAGGCCGUCGAGGAGGGGCAGCUAAUGCGGGUAGCACAAAUCCAACAAACGAAGCCGUUGGGUCUUCGGCAACGCCUCCUCCUCCGCCUACUGAGCCAAGCACUGCAGCCACCGCCGAUUGAAGAUAUAUCGCGAAUCUAAUGCCGUCAUUGUACGCUGCCGCAGCUUCCAUUCAUCUUAUAAUCCGUUCUUAAACAAUUGCGGAGGUUAGCCCAUUCAGCGAUUUCACAAUACCGCCCUGGAAGUCGGUGUUUUUGCUGAAGGGUUAGCCAUGAUUUAUGAAGGGUAUCCUCGAGGAUAUGGGCCUAAAGGGGUAGUUAUUAGCGAAGAGUAAUCCUGAGAGGAGUCGGGGACUACAUAAUAACAUUUACGAGAACCUUCUAAUAAUUGUUAGCAUCCUGAGAGUCGUCGUGGAUGCCACUCUUGUAACUAGCUUAAGUUAGCCAAAUCAGUAGCUGUGCUGUGUUAGUAUCUCUACUACGCAUUUACCUUCGCGUUGCCAAAUGCGAGUAUAUUGCUUUUAGAGUUAACUCAUGUGUUAAACAACUCAACGACGG